ACGUUGACAUUAUAAUUUAACAACCAAAUCGUGUACGCUGUUAUACCGUAACAGAAAUUUACAAAUAAUGCUUCAGAGUUGAAUGUUUACAUAUUUUGUAGUUUCCCUAUUAAAAAGUUCUAAAAUUUGUCUUCUGAUCGUGUAAUCUUUUAAAAUGGCAUACAAUUUGUCAGAAGGAUCACUUGAGGUGAUAAUGAAAGGCGGGCAUUAUGAUAAACCAAUCAUGCAAGUGUUAGGUAGUAAAAAGAUCCAAGGUAAUGGAUCAGUUGAAAGAUUCAGACUCCUAGUGUCAGAUGGCAAGCAUUCUCACAGUUUUGCCAUACUUGCAACUCAGCUCAAUGAUAAACUAAUUUCUGGGGAGUUGUCUGAUUAUUCUGUUGUUCAAAUUGAUAGAUUUGUUACUUCUAUUUUAAAUAAUGAAAAGAGUGAAAAAAAUGGUGAUAGACGUGUCAUGAUAAUUGUGGCCAUCACAAUAAUAGCAUCUGGAAGUCAAGUUGGCAAAAAACUUGGAAAUCCAAUAACAUGGUCUGAAGAUGCUUCAAAAACAAGCCCACAGGCCCUACAACCAGUUGCCAGACCCACACCAGCCCCAAGUAGACCAAUGAGCUCUAUGGCAAAUUCUAAUGCCUCUACAAAUCUAGAUAGCAGCAUGCUGAGUUCACAAAUGACACAUCCUAUUACAAGUUUAAGUCCUUAUCAAAAUAAAUGGGUAAUCAAAGCCCGUGUUAUGACUAAAAGUCCUAUUCGCACAUGGAGCAAUGCCAAGGGUGAGGGAAAACUGUUCAGUUUGGACCUGUGUGAUGAAAGUGGAGAAAUACGGGCCACAGCAUUCCGUAAUGAGUGUGACAGAUUCUAUGAUAUGCUACAAGUAGACAAAGUGUACUACAUAAGUCGGUGUCAACUUAAAACAGCCAACAAGCAGUACACAACUAUCAAAAAUGACUAUGAGAUGACAUUCACAGCCGACACAGUAGUUGCGGAAUGUAUGGAAGAUACCUCAAGCAUGCCCUCUGUUAAAUUCGAGUUCAUACCAAUCAGCGACAUUGCUAACAAGAAUGUUGACACACUAUUGGAUACAAUCGGAGUAUGCAAGAUGGCGUCUGAUGUGCAAGAACUAACUGCCCGGAAUACUGGCAAGUUGCUGAAGAAGAGAGAGGUCACUCUUGUAGACCCGUCUGGAGGGGCUAUAGCAUUGACACUCUGGGGUAACGAAGCGGAGACAUUUGACAGCAGCACAAACCCCAUAGUAGCAGCAAAGGGAGUUCGUCUGACUGAAUUCAACGGAAGCAAAUCUCUCUCAUGUCUAGCAAGUACUGUGUUGCGUAUGAAUCCUGAUUUACCAGAAGCUCAUAAGUUAAGAGGCUGGUACGACAAUGGAGGUGCUGAUAUGGAUGUUAUCAACAUAUCUGCCAGAGCCGGUGGCUACACAGGCGGUAGUAGUGAAUGGAUGACAUUCUCCGAAGCGGAAUCGAAGCAACUCGGUUCCGGGAGCAAAGGGGACUAUUAUUCGCUUCUAGGAGUUCUAACAUUCACUUUCUCCGACAAUGCACUAUACAAGGCCUGCCCACAGGAACAGUGUAAUAAGAAAUUGGUGGAUCAAGAAAAUGGGCUUUUCCGAUGUGAGAAGUGCAACCGGGAGUAUCCUAAUUACAAGUAUCGCCUGCUCUUGUCGGCAAACGUGUCUGAUCCGACUGGUGAUCAGCGCAUAACAGCAUUCAAUGAGGCAGCCGAGGCCAUGUUGGGUCAAAAGGCGUCGGAAAUCGGCAGUCUUCUUGAACACGACAAGGCUGCGUAUGCGCAUCUCUUUGAAGAUGUCAAGUUUAAGACGUUCCUAUUUAAGUUCCGUACCAAGAUGGAAGUUUACAGUGAUGAAGCCCGUCUAAAGACAACAGUGAUGAACGCUUCGCCCGUCGAUUACAAAGACGCAAACUCCAGACUUAUUAAAGGCAUCAAAGCUUUGAGUGGCGUCGAAAUAUAAGCUAAAAGCUCCGUCGAUUAUGAAAAAUGAUAUAAUCAAAGAUGUGAUUUAAAAAUAUUAUGUUGUACUAUUUUUUAAUAAGGAAAAAUUGUUUUUGUAUAAGAUUACUUUUGAUAAUUUAAAUUCUUGUUUGAUUUUUCUACAUUAAGAAAGAAAUUAAAAAGUCUUCAAAAAAACUAUUUUUAUUGAUCAAGGCCCAAAAUUCUUUGUACAUUAUUUUUCUUUAAUAAUGUAACUAAAUGCAUAUUGAUUUGAUCACGUGUUUUCAUGUUAGACUUAAGUAAUCUUAUACCUGCUGAUUGGUGCAAAUUGUGAUUUAUUAUAAAUUAGCCAUUAAAAUUCCAGUACAGUGAAUAAAGUGUGAUUUUUAAAA